AUGACCCUGGGUAAUCCUGCGUCGCUCUGCGCUUCGGGCAACGCCUGCGGGAACCUCGAGCAAUGCCUCCAGGAUGUGACUGACUGGACAAGCCUGUGGUACGUCUGGCUCCUCUUGCUGAUGAUGCUGGUGCUGCUGCUGGGUACCGCCACCGCGAGCUGCGUGAGGCUCUGCUGCUGCAGGAAGAGGCCCCCGGGCCAGUGCUUACCUGCGCAGUGCGCAGCGACGCCGUAUGGCUCUUUGCAGUGCCUUCCAUGUGCCCCAACUCCUCUGUCAUAUGUGGAUAUGGACAGGAAAACCAUGUCCCCUCCAGCUUAUGAUCUCUUUGCAACAAAGCCACCACCUUCUUAUGACGAAGCUAUGAAAACAGGUGCACAGUAUAUUGAGACAGCACCAGCAAGGCCAAAGCGCAGUGACAUCCCUGGAGAGGUGACAGGAGGCUGUGGGCUGAACCCCAUCCAGUGCUCACUUGAUACAGUCAGCAGAGACCCAGCAGCGAGGCCAAAUCCUGAAUGCUCCCAGGAUGCAGCACAAGAACACCUCAGCUCCAGUCCAUUCCAGGCAGGGGAUAAACCUAGAGAAGGACAGACUGUAAGAGCUACAGAAGACGCAAAGAAUUGGGUUUCAUAGGCAUGUUAUUACAGAAAGGUAUUUCCUCUUGUGCCCUUGGAAUGAUCUGUCAGAAGAAACAUUGCUUGUGACUGCUGUAAUUUCCUGAUAAAGUUUCUUSAGGGAUAUGAAAUAAAAUGGCAGCAGUUUAAAAAUGCUUAUAAAAGUGAGCCAUGGAUGCUUGCUUGUUUUGUAAUAUAAAAAGUACUUCCUUGUGUCCAGCAUAUGGCAGUAAAAAAGGUGGGGGAAUGUUUCUAUCCUAGGAACACAGAGCACCAGAAUAGCAGGAGCAGCAGACGCCUUUCCAGAACAAACUUCCCAAGCCUGCGCUGAAAGCAGAAUCAGAAUAUUUCAGAAUAGUGUGAAAACUCUGCAGUUCGUGUCUGGUUUUGGCAGGUUAAGUUGUCCAGCAACGGCUGGAGCCCUGAACUUGUUGCUAUGUAACAGCAAAUGUUCCUUACAUAGAAAGCAAAUUGCAAACAAGGACACAGAAGUGUUCAUGGAGCGAAAGGCAGUAUGUUGUAUUUCAUAACUAGAGACAAGGAAUUAAGGCAGAUAAGAUGUUGUGUUUCUUGGUCAUGAGGCCUGAGAGGAUUGUUUCUGUGUUGCUUUCAUCUUUAAAUUUAAGUAUGAGUUUGUUUAUGGGUGGGAUCACUUUCCUAUAGCUCUUUGCCUGUUAGAGAACAAAACAGUCUCACAGACACCCUUCUCCCCAUGGUUGAGUGUUAUUAACAUGUUCCCAAUAUUCAUGCUCUUUGCUGAUUGAUCCUGAGAGGUUUGAAAGUCAGCAUGAACUGGAAAAUACUGACUGUUUGGA